AUGAAUCCCCACGGCCGCACAUCCACAGGCACCCUCCUCCAGGACCAAAACAUCACCUUCGCCUCAACAACACCUCCAGACCAAAAGGCCGCCGCCACAGUCGAGACCAUAGCUCGUGCCUGCUACCAAUCCCUCAAUGACAGGAAGUUCGACGUUGUAGACUACCCAUGGACGCCGCACAUUUCUCCUUCAUUCGAGAUGAGCAAUGCUCAGGCGAUGCGGCUGACGACGACAAGUCGAGCGGCAAUGCUUGAGAAUUUCAAGGCCAUCGCUGCAGAGCAUCCGAAUUGUCAUAUUGAGGUUGAGAGUUGCAGUACUGUGCUGCAUAAGUAUGGGAAGGAGUUGAAGGCGGAUGUGUAUGUGAAUACGCGGGGAGGCGCUGGGCCGGUUUACGAGGAAGGGUUGGUGAGGAAGACGGUUACGAUCUUUGAGUUCUGGCUAGUGGAAGGAGUGUGGGUUGGGUACAAGGGUACUGCGAUAGACGGAAUGGGUGAAGACCGAAGCUUCAAUUGA